GGCCCUUCCCGGAGACAAUUAAGAACGUUUCCCGCUGCUGCUGCUGGGACAGAUAAUGGGAGGAAUCCGCGGCCACUUGGAGUUGUAGAAGCGGAGAGUCGCAGCAUGGAGAAAGCUUUCCGGGACUUGGCAGCGCAGAUCGGAGCCGCAGCGGCAGAGUCGCCCCCGACAGCCAACGACUGGGAUUUCCUUGACAUAGACAUGGAAUCUAUCGACCUCCGGGCCCUGCCCACCGCUCUCAUCGGCUGCAGCCUGGAGCCCUCUGUCUUCUACGAUGGGAUCUACCGGACGAAAUUCGAAUCGCUCUUUAAGGCCUAUGACAAGGAAGCCACCUUUCAGUAUUUUAAGAGCUUCAAGCGGGCGAGGAUCAACUUCAGCAAUCCCAUCUCUGCGGCUGAGGCCAGGAUCCAGCUGCACAAGAGCGAGUUCCUGGGGAAGGAGAUAAAGCUGUAUUUUGCUCAGACGCUGCACAUCGGAAGCCCCCAUCUGGCUCCACCAAAUCCAGAGAAGCAGUUUCUGAUCUCCCCGCCUUCUUCGCCUCCUGUGGGUUGGAAGCAGAAGGAAGAUGCAAGUCCUGUGAUCAACUAUGACCUGCUGUACGCCAUUUCCAAACUGGGCCCAGGAGAGCAAUAUGAAUUGCACGCUGCCACGGACACGACUCCAAGCGUUGUGGUUCACGUCUGUGAGAGCGAUCCAGAAAAUGAACUGGAAAUCGAGGAGGAUGAAGACGGUAUGAGCAAGCCCAAGCAAAAAAUCAUCCAGACAAGAAGACCAGAGUAUAUGCCUAUCCAUCUAAGUUGAAGUGUGGCGGCGACUUUUUCUGAUGAAACCCAAUGAACUCAUUGAAAAAAUGUACUGCAGGAAAGGGCAGAGCACAGUGUAGGAUGGCUGUGGUAGUGGUCAGAAUUUGUCAGUCGGCAGAACCAAACCAGGACAUUUUGUGUUUGCUUUUUUUUUUUUUUGUUUACGCCGAAUACCAGUGUAAAAUUUGGAAUGUCCCACUGCUGAGCUGAUGGAAACGUGGAAAAACUGAAGCUUCACAACAAGCAUUUAGUUUGAUUAGUCUUUUCUGGAGAGUCUAGAAAAAGUGGAAUUUUAUGGCCCCUUGGUUGCUGAAAAUGUGGAACCAGGAAUGUCAUCGAUAGAACGUCGCCGCAGUUUAUUGUUGGAGAGUGACUGUAUAGGAUAUAUAUCUCCACCUUAUAUGAUGGAACCAUUUCAUCUAUAUGUUCAGGAGGAUGGGGCAACGAUUUUGUUUUUUUUGCAUGUAGACUAUAUCGUUUUUUUUCUAAAUAUUCUACUUUGUGUUCCAAGCUGCUUACUUUGCCCUGCAGAAUGCAAAUGCUGUAACAGCCUGUUAUGUGGUCCCAAAAAGGUAGAAUGCAUGGUCCAUUUUUCGGAAACACUGUGGCAAUACAGGGAAGGGCAUCUGUUAAAUAUUCUGGCUAAUGAACUGUCAUGUACGCUUAACACAAAGGAAAACAUGCUUUACCUUUGUUUUUUCUCUAUAGGGCAAUGUGACUGUAGUAUAAAAUUAAAGCUAGGCUGGUGAACUCUAAGUUACAUCUUAAAAUAGGGCACAAUGUUAUUUUGUGAAAGUGGGUUAUACAUUUUUGGUGACAACGGCUGCAGGGUUAGCUUUCCUUGUUGUCGUUCUGUAUUUUAUGAAACAAGAACUGAAUGAAUUUAAAGUGUUAAGCAUAUCAACCAUUUUUCUAGCGAUCAAUGGCAUAACAGGCAAAGCAUCAUGGAGGUUUAGAAAUUAAUCCUGUAAUCCAUGAGUAAAUGUAAGUAACGACCAUACCGGAGAAAUGUGGACUUUAAGAUUUGAUAAUGGUGGUAAAGGAAUGUGGCUUGCAGGUGGUCGUUUUUUUGGGUAAUCCAGUGCCUUUCACUUUGGUUAUGAAUGGGGGUAUCAGUGUUAUAACAGCUGUACUGCUUGCAUUCUUUUCCAGUAAGAAUUUCCUCAUCUCUCUGUUCUCUGUCUAAUGACAAGAUGGCACGGCAAUGGGCAUGCAGGUUUUUCUCUCCCAGCUCAGACAAUAAAGGUUAUGCUGGCAGCACCUGCUGUGUCUCCUAUUGUAACAGGACCCUUGGCACACCCUGUGUAGCGAGAGAGUAGUGUGUUAUGUAUUAAGUUUGAUUACCACUCACUCACAUUGUCUGUGAAGUCUGCUUUUAAACUGGAAGUUGGAAUCUAUGUUUUCUGUUUUAUAUUCACUUCUAUUCAGAUAAUAAACUUCCUUUGUAUUAGAA